CGGUGACUUGUGGGGCUCUGCAGAUAUAGCGGCGAUGACUCGGGAGGUCCUGCGGGGUCUCCAGUCCCAGGAAGAGGACCAGUCCAUCUCUCUAGUGACCAUUUCUCUAGGUUUCUCUUGUAUCUCACAAACACCUCGGCCUUUUCUGGCUCCUGUUGGGGAAUUUACCAAAUGAAGGACGCCAGCGUUUUUGCUGCCGUAAUUUCCUCUCCGGCGCAGUUAACUCUGUGGCAGAUUAGUUAGCAGAUGCUUGGUUUGCUUUCUCUGCUCUCCAGAUCGCCGACUGUAUCGCAGCUUGGCGGGGAGUCUCCUAGAUGCUCAAGAAAUGUCUUCGCUUUCAGAAUAUGCUUUGCGCAUGACUCGUCUGAGUGCUCGGCUCUUUGGUGAAGUUGCCAGGCCAACUGAUUCCAAAUCCAUGAAAGUAGUGAAACUAUUCAGUGAGCAGCCACUGGCCAAGAAGAAGGAGACUUACGACUGGUAUCCAAAUCACAACACAUAUUUUGGUCUCAUGGGCACACUGCGUUUUCUUGGCCUCUACAGAGAUGAGCAUCAGGAUUUUAAGGAUGAGCAAAAGCGUCUAAAGAAGCUUCGUGGAAAGGGGAAGCCAAAGAAAGGAGAAGGGAAAAGAGCAACAAAAAAGAAGUAGUGUUGGCCCAUCAAGAGAGAAUUUCUUCCUCAGUGAUUAUGAGAAGAAAGUACCAUCUUUCCAUGUAUUGGAGGAAUGUACUCUGCCUCAGUGAAGGUUACUUGGAGAGACACAAUCCUCCCUGUAUUGAAGUAUAAUUCAAUUAAAUGGUGACUGGUAGCCAGGUGUGGUGUAGCAUACCUAUAAUCCCUGUAAUUUGGGAGGCUGAGGCAAAAGGAUUGCAAGUUCCAGG